GAGAGAGAGAGAGAGAGAGAUAAAGACUGAAGAGUUUAUUUAUACCGAAUUUGAAACAACCCUAAUUUUUAACAACAAUGGCUCAAAAAUACUAUUUUUACCCAGUACAGUAAUAAUUAAUAAUAUAAUAACAUAUUAUUAAAAUCGAAGACGUAAGACUUAAUUAAGCAAUAUAAACAAUAUCUAAAAAGUACAAAUCUAACCCUAUUAAACAAGUGUAAAGUAAAGUUAAAUGUGGAAUAUUUUCAAUAAUAGGGCCUUCGUGGAUAUAUUUCAAAAUCAAGCCAAAAGCCAGUGAUACAUUAGAGAAGUCAAACACCAAGUGAUAUGUGUUGAAUUUGAACAUGGAAACUAUAAAAGCCAAUUCCGCAUUUCUGUGUAAUUAUGAAGUUAUGCAAAUUCUCCAAAAGUUAAAAGAUAACACACAUAAAAAGCAUAAGAGAGAAGCUUCACUUGCCACUGUUACAUAUGAGACUGUACAUUACUUACAAGACACAGAAUGCAAAAAUCAGAGUGCCCAAAAAAUUCAGAAGUUCCUAGAAGCUAUGAAAAAAUACAAGCUCACUAAAGUUGAGAAAUUAAUGAUGGUAAACACUCCGCCCAGGACUGAAUUGGAAAUACAAUUGAUUGUACAAGAGAGUGAGGAGAGAUUAUCUGAAGAGGACGUACAAGACAUAAUUAGUAUAGUUAGCCAACAUCUACUUGCAAAUGAUAAUUCUAAUACAUAAUGCAAUCUGUGAAGUCGUUCUUGACGUCGAUUGAGGAAUAAACCUACGUGAAGUGAUAUUCCUUUAAAUAAUGAUAAGUAUUGCAUAAGGAUUGCGUAUUUCGUCAGAACCCGUAAUCUAAAGCAUAAGCAACUGGCAGGGGUUUUCUGGAGACCAAUAAAUACAUUGCGUGCACCAUGUAUCGCAAAAAAGAUUUUCUAUAAAAAAAAAAAGUUAUUUUUUAAUUUUAUAGCUCGGAAUAAAUACCAUCUGCCUCUAUUUUCGUGAUCAAUUCGAUAUAUAAAAUUAACUGCAAAAUUAAAUUGUUUUAAGU